CAUUUCUUAGACCAGCAAUAAAGCCUUGUCGAUAUUAUUUUGUUGUAAUGGAAGUUGAUCCUUUUUUUCACCAGGAGUUUACAUAAAUAAAGGCUUCCUUGCGCUGGGUAAUGUCAUCACUGCGCUUGAAGAUGAGAGAAAGCGUAAAGAUGGUGCUCAUGUUCCUUACAGAGAGUAAACUUACACAUAAAUAAAGGUAUACUUGUCUUCUAAUUUCUUGAAUAUCACAUUGCUCAGUGUUUGCUCCUUUCUCACAAGUUGUUGCAUGCUAACUUCUUAGGUAACCUGCAGGGUUCUUUUAAGCCCUUAACAUUUUGGUUAAUGCUGGUUUUGUAUCUCUAAUGCUUGCUAUGUGGGUUUCAGCUUGCAUCAGUACUGCAGAUAUUAAUGCUGAGGAAACACUUAACACAGUUAAAUAUGCAAUCCGUGCUCGAAACAUCCGGAACAAACCUGUUGUUAAUAGAGAUCAUGUGUCCAGUGAGAUGCUGAAAAUGCGCCAACAGCUAGAGUACUUGCAGGCAGAGCUUCCCUUACGGAAUGGAGGAUCCUCAUGUGCAAACUCUAGUGUCGUAGCAGAUAUGCUGGUGUAAAGCAUUAUGAAAAGACUUUAAAGACAUACAAUAUGAUGAAAUCAUCGGUCUCGUCAAACCUGAUGGGCUAAAAAAGAGCUUGCACAGUAUGGAGUCCUCCAAUUGUGCUAUGGUUGAAGCCACAAUAGGUGAUUCAAGGGAAAUAGAUGAAGAGGCAAAGGAGUGGGAGCACAAACUCUUGCAAAGUAGUAUGGAUAAAGAGUUGCAUGAACUGAACCGUUGUCUUGAGGAAAAGGAGUCUGAAAUGUUGCUUUUUGACGGCUAUGAUCCGGCUGCGCUAAAGCAACAUUUUGGAAGAAAGUUGCCGAGGUGGAGGAUGAAAAGAGAUUUGUUCAGGGAAGAGAGAAACCGUUUGUUGGCUGGAAUUGAGAACCUUGCUUCUGUUGGUGAAGUACAGAAGUUGCAAAAUGUGCAUGCUCAGAAUUUGAAAUCGCUUGAAGUACAGCUUCAAAACCUUAAGAAAAAGCAAGAGAACCAUUGUCAGCUACUGAAGCAGAAACAAAAGAGUGACGACGCUGCUCGGAGGUUAGAGGAAGAAUUCUAUCCAUCAAGGCACAGAAGGUUCAGCUGCAACAUAGAAUGAAACAAGAAGCAGAACAGUUUUGACAGUGGAAAGCCUCCCGGGAGAAGGAACUUGUGCAGAUGGCAGAAAGAGCGAGUAUGAAAGGCAUAAGCUACAAGCUUCGAAUCAGCGCCAGAAAAUGGUUCUUCAGAGGAAGAUAGAAGAGGCUGCAAUGGGUACCAA